GUUAGGAGUGUCGUGAUGCAUUUGCUUAGAACAGUACAGCUACAAAAUGCUGCUGCUAAAGCAUAACCAGUUACUAGAAUUACAUUUGAAUUGACCUAUAAGUGAAAAUUAUUUUUAUGUAGCAAAUGCAGCCACUUUAAAAUAAUCGUAACUGUGAAGUGUUAAGUGACAAAGUGAUGUGACAAUAUGUCGGACACGACUGGCGAACAACCCUCUUCUCCACAACCACCGUCGGCGGUCAAACAGCCCUCUCAGGAACCCAGGAAAGUCCACCCCAAGGUCGUGACCUUUGUCAAUGUUAAAGAGGAGCUGGUGUCGAGCACUCCCAAUGUUCGCAACUGGCGAGGGAUGCUCAUCGCUCUCCUCGUCAUCGUGUUCGUCCUUGGCCUCAUCCUCUUCUCCAUCGUUCUUCUCUCACCGCCCGACGAAGGACCGCGAGUGCAAGGGACAAAGUUUACUUUAGAACAUAUCACCAGCAACUUCUUCAAAAUUCCCCAGUUCAACGGAUCAUGGGUUUCAGAUACCGAGGUGGUUUUCCGAGAUGUACACGGGGGCCUCAGUGUAUUCAACGCUCACAACAACACAGUUCGUGUCCUCAUGACCAAUUCUACUUUUAGGCAGCUAAACGCAGUAGAUUUUCGAGUUUCCAGCGAUCUCAAGUUUGUCUUGCUCAUAUCAGACGUUAAAAAGAUUUAUACAAACACUUUUGAAGCACGAUACCACAUCUAUGAGGUCUCUACGCAAAACCGAGUCCCAGUGACUCCAGGCCCUACCAGUGUAGAUGACAACGAGGCCCCUUACCUACAGCUGGUCGUGUGGGCCCCACGGGGCUCUGCCCUGGCCUUCGUACAUCAAAACGACCUCUACUACAAACCCAAAGCCAAGGGUCAAGUGUUCAGACUCACCACUAGUGGGUCACCUUCUGUGACCAACGGUCUGCCUGACUGGGUAUACCAAGAGGAGAUCUUGACGUCAGGCCGUGCCGUGUGGUUUGCGCCUGAUGGCAAAUCCCUGGUAUACGCCACGUUCAACGACUCCCUCGUGGGCCAGCUCAAAUACCCUUUCUACGGGCCCAAGAACCUUUACCCCAAGAUUCACUCCAUAUACUACCCUAAGCCCGGAACAACGAUUCCGGAAGUUACAGUGUGGAUGGUCAAUGUGACUCAUCCCAAAACUCCCAACACUACUCAACUUCCCCCCACCCCUGUCAUGGUAGCAGAUGCUCAGCUACCUUACCUGAUAGACGUUAGUUGGGCUGGAGACAAACACGUAGCCGUAGUCUGGAUGAAUCGUAGACAAAACGUCUCAGCCAUCGUUGUCUGCUCAAGUCCAUCUUGGACAUGUCAAGAUACCCACGUCCAGAAGUCGUCACGGUGGGUGGAGCCGAGUUCUGUGGUGUUCUCGCCAGACCACAGCUCCUACCUGACUCUGCUCCCAGUGCUGGAUGCAGAUGCUGGACACUUCACACACAUCUGUCUGAUAGACCGCGAGUCACAUCAGGUCGUUCCUUUGACUCACGGACAGCUCACUGUCACCAGGGUGCUGGCCUGGGACACCGACAACCAUAUUGUAUAUUUUGAAGCAGCUCCAGAGAAAAAGCCAGCUCAAAGACACGUGUAUCGAGUGUCUGACAUUGUCAACAUCACCACUUCAAUACAAUGGGAAUGUUUGACAUGUCCUACAUACCCGGUCAAUGGGUCCAACAUCACUAGUGUACAUGAAAACAAGACAAACGAUAUGUAUCCAGUCAAAUCCAUGUCUUGUUUGUACACACGAGCGACCUUUUCACCUGGGUUAAGUCCACGGUUUUAUAUUCUCGAGUGUUUGGGUCCUGAUGUUCCCAGUGUUCUGGUGAUGAACGCCCUGACCAACACCAAGGUAGCGCUACUAGACGGUAACUCUCUGUUAGCGCAACAGUACGCAGCAAUGGCCCGACCUCAGGUGCGGAUCUUCCCUGUAGAAAUGGAGUCCGGCUACCAGGCUCAGGUCAAGCUGCUGCUGCCUCCAGGCAUGCGAGAGGACGAGGAGAUGGCCUUCCCUCUCAUACUCAAAGUAGGCACGACUCCAGGAGGACAGGUGGUAACAGAGAGGUGGAACGUAGACUGGAGCACUUACCUCGUUAGUCAGAGGAACUUCAUCGUGGCCGAGAUUGACGGACGAGGUUCGGGUUUCCAAGGCGAUCGCAUGAAACACGAGAUCUUCCGCCGAGUAGGUCAAGACGACGUUCUGGACCAAAUAUCUGUCAUCACAUAUCUGAGAGACAACCUCAGGUUCAUUGACCGCAGUCGCUUGGGUGUGUGGGGCAAGGGCUAUGGAGGGUUUGCCACAGCCAUGAUCCUCUCACAAGAGGUUGGCCUGUUCCACUGUGGCAUCUCAUUGGCGCCCAUCACCAGUUGGGCUCACUACGAUGCAGUGUUUACUGAGAAGUUCAUGGGCACUCCGAACGUCACUGACAACUACCGAGGUUACGAAGAGUCUGACCUCAGCAAACAUGCGGGGAACCUCAAAGACAAGCCUUUCCUGCUGAUCCAUGGAUCAGCUGACAACACUGUGCACUUCCAGCACAGCAUGAUUCUUGUACAUGCCUUCACUCAGGGGGGCAUCAUGUUCCGUCAUCAGACAUACCCGGACGAGGGCCACAGUUUCGAUGGUGUCCGAUUCCACUUGUACCACGCCAUGGAGGCAUUCUGGGAUGAGUGCUUCGGACCCCUCGACUUCAUAGACUGGGAGAUUGGGUCGUCGUUCUUCAGUUUUAAACAAUAGCAGGAGCAGGUAACUCUUCUCUGACCCCUGGAAGAUGAUUAAGAAAACUGCAUGUCUGAAACAACGGAAGGCAGCUGUGAAAUGUAAAGACUGCUGCGUGUUUGUUCCUGUCGAUGUCAGCUGUUUUGAAGCUUUCCGUGUUAGCUUUCCGUUAGUCCUGGUGUCCCUCUUUACCUUCAGGUAGAACUGAUUGAUGUCAUUCGCCAGUACGUGGACGACAAAGGAACUCGAACGUCUGUUAACGACAUGUAGUUUUCAAGAAGGGUUAUGUAAUGUGAUCGAGACUUUCCCAACGGAUUUUCAUCUGUAUAUAGAAAUAAAUGUGAUAUUGAAAUAAUGUGUAAGUAUUUGCUUCAUCAAAGUGUUAAAUCUGGAUUAGAUUGAAUUUGUUUAUGUUUUACAAAGUGUAUAAAACUGAGUGAGCCACUACUCAUAUUGGGAUUUUAGUCCACUAUGUUUUCAAUACUUGAUUUUUUGUUAACACUUUUCUUACAAUUCCUCAAAUUAUUUUAUACCGUAUCUAAGUUUGUAAAAUUAUCUUAGUUUUUAACAUUUUGUUUUCCGAAUCUACAGUUAUAUAAGUAUUGCUAUCCUACACAAACAUAAUACUCCUCUUUCCAAUUUGUUUUGUUUCAAUUAACUGUUGUAUGUUUAUUUAAAUUAUCUACUGGAGUAGAUUAUUCAUUGAAUGAAUACAAAGCAAACUGGCAGAAGUACACCUUAUUUUUUGUCUUUGAGGUAAAUAGUUUGGUCUUAUUGGCUACUUUAAUCUAUUUGUUGGAUGCAAUAAUUAAUCUUUUUCCAGUUUAAUGGCAUUUGGUGCAGAAUAAACCAUAUUC